CUUUGUCAAAGUCUGGAACUUUCUGCCUCAGCGUCCCGCCUUUUUUUACCUUUUGUUGUUCGCGUCCAGUUAAACUCGCCUGUGUAGGUAGCGCUCCGUCCCUCUCGUCGCAAACCACUCCACCGGUAAUUAUCCAUCAUCAUCAUCAACCGAACGACAUCAUUGUCGCAUUUCGCUAUACAUCGUAUAACAACGUCGUCGCCUCAACACGAAUACAAUCUUACACGUUACAUAACCGUCAUCCAAUCUAUCCGAGCAAACCCAACGACAAAUAAACCCAAAUUACAAAUACCACACCACCCCCAACACAACACAAACAAUCAAGAUGUCUUCCCGCGAGCAGUACCAAGUCCCCAACUCCCAGGGCUUCACCACCGGCGCCUCCAACAACGACGGCAACAGCGGUGGCAGCAGCGUCAUGUGGUACACUUGCGGCGACUGCGCGGUCCGCGUGCCGCUCGAGAAGGGCGCCCCUAUCCGUUGCCAGAAGUGCGGUGCGCGUGUUUUGUAUAAGGAGCGCACCAAGAGAAUGGUUCAGUUCGAGGCUCGGUAAAUGGUUUCUUAUUCGACUUUGUUCGACUUGGGGCCAAUAAAGGAGGUGUAGAAAAGGGUCGCUCUUCCUCGAUGCCGUAUCGGGCUGAAGUUUUCAUCCUAUCUGGACCGGCCGGGAUGUCCUGAUGCCCAAGGACGGGAGCCGAGUCAGCCUUGGAGGCAACGGGAACAUUUGUUGAGGGGAGCUGGGACCGUAGGAGACUCGAACCGUCGAUAUCUUGGUGUGAUUUUGCACCAUCAGCGGUGGCUUAGCAUGGCCCAGCCUUGAACCUACGGCUUGUUGUGGUCAGAAGAAGGGAGAUAUCAUAUUCAUCACAAUAUCAUGAUGGCGGCGUUCUGGGAAAUAUCGGUAGACUUGUGGGAAUUUAUACAAAGAAAGCAUUGCUUUUCAUCAUCGUCAUUAUCACCUAUCACCAGCAAAUAGAUCCGCUC